AUUUUUUUUUAAAUCAAAACAAUAUGACCAUAUUUUGACAUUAAACAAGUCGCUCUCUGCAUUUUAACUGCGGCGUCUAUUUUUUGUGGUUUUGUUCCGACUUUCUUGGGUGAAAAAUGUCUUGCCCGCCUAAAGCGGACAAUCAAGGUUUAUGCCCGGCGGCGGUACCCGCAGUGCCUGCGGGGGUGCCCACGACCCAAGUGAACCCAUGUUCAAUCGAUGGCAAAGCGCCAUGCCAGCCAUGUGAUAGUGUCUGUGUUCCGACGUUAGAACCGGCAGUUCCUGACCAUAAUCCACCAUGCCCUCCUCCCAGGAGGAAAAAAUGUAGAUACAUUCAACCAGCCAGGCCAAAAUCAUACGCCCCUGUUAGUAAAUUUGCGCCACCAUGUGUUCCCAUGGACGACUACACGACAUACAACCUGUCUUACGUCCCGAACGAUCUCCAGAGACCAAGUCCUAUUAGACCCGAUCCUAACCUGUGCGUAGGCGAGGGUAGAAUGAGUGACUGUACAGUUCAUAAGAUGUCGUUUCAACCCCAUUGCGGAGUACCCCCGCCAUGUCCCAUCAUUCCAUGCGAACAUAAGCUAAUUGGAGAAGGCCCCAUGCAAGACAUAACAACCAAUAGACACGACUACGUUCCAAAACCAUUUCUAAGGCAGAGUCCCAUUAAACCUACCGAGAACCUGUAUCCCAGCGAUUGUCCGUUGAGUGACAAGACAAUACAUCGUAUGUCGUUUAUUCCAAACCCCGUGACACGAGUCGACCCCUUCAGGCCCAAACCCGCUUUGGAAAUGCUUUGUGGACCGUUUGAGAAAAACACCGUCCAUAAAAUGUCUUACAUGCCGUGGGAACCGCAAGAACCAGUCGACAUGCCGUGGGCCGACAAAGGAAAGUACGUGGUCCCAGAACAACGAAUGGAAGGCUGUUCAGUGCAAAAGAUGAGCUACAAACCACCUGGUACCUACAUUGAGUGCGACGAUGAAGACGCACCCGACUGCGUCGAGUGCCCGCCAUCUUGUCAACCAGCAAGAGCUGCUUGUUUGUGAGAGUCUUCUUAUUUUACUUUUGUUUUCUAUUUAUACAACAAUGUAUACAAAUAUUUUCUUUAUUUUACUAACA